CUACACUCUUGAAUGUUCUUUGUGUAGCUUUACGACUUUCUUUGUGGUGGUUAUAUGGCGAUCUUUGUGGUGGUUUUACGCCAGUCUUUAUAGUGGCUCCUACGGCAGUUUUUGUGGUUCAACUGUAUUCUUGUGAUUCUACAGUGUGGUUUGCCAUUUUUGUCAUUGAAGCCAGCAUUAUUAUUGAAAUUAUUGGAGUCGACGUUGAAGUCAG